GGAGCGCGGAGAGGCGGGGCCGGGUCCCUCCGGCUGCCCGCGCCCCCGCCCCUCGGACCCGGCUCCGGGAGCCGGGCUCCCCGCGCGCGGGCACACGACGGCCGGAGCGCCGAGGCAGUACCUUCAGCCGAGCGAUGAAGAGAGCCCGGGAGAAUCCACCGGAGCCGGCGGAGACGUUUUGUGCGCCCGGGGUUGCUGCUGCCGCCGCGGCUGCUUAAAACUCCCAAAGUUGAGAGCCAGCGAGAGGCUGCCGCCCGCCGGGAACAAGAGGGAAAGGAACUCGGAAGAUGCAAGAGUGACAGACAGACACACAGACCUUCAGAAGACACCACCGUCGGCAACCUAUCCCCAGAGUCCGUAAGGCUUCUCAGCUCUGUUCACUGGUAGGUGGCUGAGCUGGUGGCAGAGGCACCUGGGAGAGUCUUAGAGGAGACCAUAAUGUCUUUGCGUUUACACACACUGCCCACCCUGCCUGGAGUUGUCAGACCUGGCUGCAAGGAACUGCUGUGUUUGUUGGUGAUCACCGUGACUGUGAGCCCUGGCGUCUCCGGAGUGUGCCCCACUGCUUGCAUCUGUGCCACUGAUAUUGUGAGCUGCACCAACAAAAACCUGUCCAAGGUGCCUGGGAACCUUUUCAGACUGAUUAAGAGACUGGAUCUGAGUUAUAACAGAAUUGGGCUUCUGGAUUCUGAGUGGAUUCCAGCAACAUUGGGAAAGCUGAACACCCUCAUUAUUCGUCAUAACAACAUCAACAGCAUCUCCAUGGGCAGUUUUUCCACAACUCCAAAUUUGAAGUGUCUUGAUUUAUCAUCCAAUAAGCUGAAGACUGUGAAAAGUGCAGUUUUCCAAGAGUUGAAGGUCCUGGAAGUGCUCCUGCUUUACAACAAUCACAUUUCCUAUCUCGAUCCUUCAGCAUUUGGAGGGCUUUCCCAAUUGCAAAAACUCUACUUAAGUGGAAACUUUCUCAUGCAGUUUCCCAUGGAUUUGUAUGUUGGAAGGUUCAAACUGGCAGAACUGACUUUUCUAGACGUUUCUUAUAACCGGAUCCCCGUCCUGCCAAUGCACCACUUAAAUUCAGUGCCAGGAAAGCAGCUGAGAGGCGUCUACCUUCAUGGAAACCCAUUUAUCUGCGACUGUUCCCUUUACUCGUUGCUGACCUUCUGGUAUCGUAGGCACUUUAGCUCAGUGAUGGAUUUUAAGAAUGAUUAUACCUGUCGCCUGUGGUCUGACUCUAGGCACUCCUAUCAGGUGCUUCUGCUCGAGGAUAGCUUUAUGAAUUGCUCUGACAGUAUCAUCAAUGGCUCCUUCCAUGCACUUGGCUUUAUUCAUGAGGCUCAAGUUGGGGAAAGGUUGAUUGUUCACUGUGACAGCAAGACUGGCAGUUCAAAUACUGAUUUCAUGUGGGUUGGUCCAGAUAACAGACGGCUGGUGCCAGACGAAGAGGUGGAAAACUUUCACGUGUUUCACAAUGGAAGCCUGGUUAUAGAAAACCCUCGUUUUGAGGACGCUGGAGUGUAUUCCUGUAUCGCAAUGAAUAGGCGCCGCCUGUUAAAUGAAACUGUGGAUGUCACAAUAAACGUGAGCAAUUUCACCGUAAACAGAUCCCACGCCCAUGAGGCAUUUAACACAGCUUUUACCACUCUUGCAGCCUGUGUGGCCAGUAUCAUUUUGGUACUUUUGUACCUCUAUCUGACCCCGUGUCCAUGCAGGUGUAAAGCCAAAAGACAAAAAAAUAUGCUAAACCAAAGCAGUGCCCAUUCGUCUAUUCUCAAUCCCUGUCCAGCUAAUGACGCCCCUGCUGAUGAACGGAAGGCAGGUGCUGGUAAAAGAGUGGUGUUUUUAGAACCCCUGAAGGAUACUGCAGCAGGGCAGAAUGGGAAAGUCAGGCUCUUUCCCAGUGAAACGGUUAUAGCUGAGGGCAUCUUAAAGUCCACAAGGGUAAAAUCUGACUCAGAUUCAGUCAAUUCCGUGUUUUCAGACACACCCUUUGUGGCACCUUCUUAAUGUUGUGCCUGCCUUUGUGUGUGGUCUGCAAAACAAACAAUAGGACAGAAAUUGUUUCUGGCUUUUGAAAUAUAACCAAAUGGUCUCUUUAAAUGGUUCGUAGGAAACAGUCAAGCACUUUGGUUCCUCAGUGGGCCGGAGAAGGAUGGGGUUGUUUUCCCAAGUUAAAGUUCUAGAUCACAACAUCUUAGCCUUUAGCACUACUGAUCAUUUCAAAGCUGGUGAGUUGACUGACAUUGUCCUUUUAUUCUUCAGGAUUCUUGAAAGAAAAAAUAAAUUUCGUGUAUUAGUGUUCUUUAAAAAGAGACGUUGCUAACGUAUUAGAACCAAAGUUGAGUUAUUUUCAAGAAAAGCAUUGGUGUCGUAUUUCACUUGGAAAGAACCAAGCAGUAGUUAUUUAUAAAGCACAAAGUAAAGUUAGAUUUGGGACUAAUUCAGUUAAAUUCAUCAUUUCAGACCAUAGUAAACAGAUUUCCCUGAUAAAACUUACUGGGUAAUGCCGCGUCCCAUAUUAUGUUAGAUAAAUAGUGCAGUAAAGGUACAUUUGUUUAACUGUCUUCUUCCCAUUCUGUAAAUUUCCUAUCCUUGUACAAAAGAUCUUAUUGAAAGUUUAAAGCCAUCAUGAUUUGUUGCCAUAAAUAUGUAGGUGUCAGUAUCAAAAUGUCUGAGUAACUCCUUAAACCCUUGUUCUAGUAGACUAAUAUCUGUUCAUAUGCUUUUAUGUAAGUAAAUUUUAAAUUAUGUGAACUAUUAAAUCCUACUAUAUUGUGCUUUGGAUAUUUGAAUUAAUGUAAGUAUAUGUAUUCUGUGACUUGAUGUUCUAUUUUAUUUGGCUAUUUAAAAACAUAAAUCUAAGAUGUUUUAUGUGAUCACAUUGUUCUACUUUGUGUAAAGCACCCACUGUAGCAAAUAUCUCUCCAGAGUUCUUGGAGUUACAGUACAGAGUUUAUUUUUUUAAGGGCAAAAAUGGUUCUAAAGUGUUCUACACCAAUUUAUACCUCCUAUAUCACAUUUUACUCUGAUACCAUUCUGCACUUCAACCAGGUUUGGAAGACAUGUGAGUUCCAAUUUUGUAAUGUGAGAACCCAGGAGACCACCUUCUUACCCCCCAUAUCUGCUGUGAGGUAAUUGAGUACCCACUGUGGACCUAGGUUUCCUCAGCUAUAAAAUGAAAGUUUCAGACUAAGCAAUGUUUAAGGUUCCUUCCCACACUGAAUGUGAUGUUCCCUGUUGGUCUUAGCUCCAUCACAGACUUGCAGUGGCUCUCUCAAACUGCACCUCAUACUGGUGGAAUAUAGGAAUGGGAUUAAGAUAGACUAGCAUAGCUCUGCAGAGCUGGAAGGGACGUUUUGGGUCAUCAAGCCCACCUCCUAUCCUUUCUCAGGUACAGUUUGAAUGAAGCCCAGAGAUGGGUGUGGAUUGUCUAAGGCCACACAGUGAAUUAGUGACUGGCAUAGAAGCAGAGCUCGGGUUCAAGAUUCUUCCUGGCGAAGAUAAGGGAGUCAAAGAAUGGUUAUUUUUAACAGUGGGCAUGGAGAAGGAGCCAAAGAAUGAGACAAAAGAAUGUUCAGGAAAUGUUCAAGGAGAAUCACUGGGUAAGGGAGAAUUUUAAAAGAUGGAAGUGGGCAACAGUGACCAACGCUGCAGAGAAGUAGAUGAAGAGGGAAGACUGACUUUGGCAGUGGUGGUUUGGGGGAAACUUUGGACACUUGGUAACAGCUCAGUGAGUGUCAAGCCUAAAUCCCAGUGGCAGACGCUGGUCAGCAGGGGGUUAAGGAGUGAGUGAGUGGCCAGCCAGGAUGUGUGCCUUAGGGAAUAAGAAACAGAGCCUUUGCUCAGGGUUGAAAAUUCCUUACUGCAUGGUAUUUAAAAACGACUGCCUCUGCCUUUUAAACAGACCUAUCCCAUUAGGCGAGAUCCUUCAGCCUCAAAGAUGUUACAGGUCAACAUUUUAUUCCAGUUACUUCCAUUUACGUAAUUAGGAAGAAUUCUGCGAUUUGUAUGACCUUUGAAAUCAUCCCUCCUUCUCCCUUCAGGAAGAAGUUUCUGAAUUUCCUCUAGGAAGUUUCUUAGAGAAAUUCAGAUUCGGAGAUACUGUGAUUUGUUCAGCUUCACACAGCUGGUCUGGACACAAGGGAAAACUCUUAAACCACUGCCGCUCUCCAGCGAUGGGAAGGGCUGUGUUCAGGGUCCAUGAUGAACCCUGACUUGGGGAGCGCAAAGAGCAGGGCCCAUACGCUGGCAGGGAAGUUGCAGAGAGCAUCUCUGAAACGCGUCUUUUGUGAACGGGAUCUCUCAAGUCCUUCAGCCCUCAAACCCUUGAUCCCAGGAAAUGUGUGUUGCAGUCGGCAGGGGAACAUGGACAAUGCCAGGAGUGGGGAAUCUGUAGAGCCUUAUCUUGGCUGGUCCUUAGCGUGCCUUGGGUAAAGGACAAGCUGAGCUGAGAUCAAAACUAAGAUACUUAGAGCUAAAACAAAAGAAAACCAAAAAAAAAAAAAGAAUCCUGAAUACUGAAAAGCAAAGCUGCUUUUUGAACAAAAGUAAGAAGGCAUAGUGAUGAAAAAGCAUGUGGAAUUUUAAGUUUUUAGGUGUAUCUUUUUUUUUUUUGGUAGCCUGAUCAGAUGUAUUUUAAAUAUAGGAACAGAACUAAUUUGUACUUUAUAAAUUUGCCCCACUCAAAACUUUUAUAUAAUUUUCCUUCCAACUAAUAAACUGGAUUUAUGUAACUGGGUUAUUCUUUUAAACUACUUAGUAUUUAUUAUUUCACAGUUAUGAGAGAAGUGGAUACUCUGGAGAAACCACACAAAGAUCAUAGACAUAAAAUUUUUCUGGGCUUAGACUAUUUUUUCACUGUAAUCAAAAUAUACUAGUUUAUGAUAAUAUACUCUAUAAUUAAUCAUGAGUUAAAUUUCUUAAAUAUACUUGUAAGAUUUAUAAUCCGAAAGAAUGGCCUAAAGCAUUUGCUUACUUAUAGUUAACUUCUGCAUUAACCCUCAUUAUUUGGCCUGGAGUGAUUUAAAUAUAUUUAUUUUUAGCUUAAA